UUGACAGGGUAUAAGAAAAAAAAUAGCCAUUGAGAGAUCUGUUUCUCCAUUUAAAGCAAAGUUGGCCAUAUUCUGUGGCAAGAAAUUCCAAUUGAUCCCUGAGUAAAUAACUGUGACUGAAGGGACUCAUCUGUUAGCUGUUACCCUGUUGAUGUCUUAUCCUACAGACUCAGGCUGCUAUCAAUAUAUUCCUUAAAAUCUCCUUUUCUGAUCAUCCAUCUCCCUUUUUAUUUUUCCUUUUCUUUUAAAGGGUUGUGUUUCUUUUCACUCCCUCUUUAUUUUGCUAGUGUUUCCUUUUUGUCUGUCUGUCUGUCUGUCUUGGGGAAGGGUCUGGUGAAAUUCCCAAGGAAGUAUAUAGCAUUGUCCUUCCACUGGCUCCGGACCAUUGAUGUUUCUCCUUCAGUUGACUUGGGGUGCUAUCCAGCAAGUGAUGGAAGCCACAUCCUUGUGCUUAUCCCUGUCUCUUGUCUAGGGCUGACCAUGCUGCUACUCCCCAUCAACAAUAAAGGCUCAUACAAUACUGCCCGAGCCUGUGGUACUCCUUUUCCCUGGCUAAGUAAGAAUAGAAUAGCAUUGUAUAUGAUCAGAACUGUCAAUCUUAUUUUGCUACUUAUGCUAUUUCUUGUACUAGGGAAGGACUUUGAGAACAGUAGCAUCGGUGAGACUGGCUCAGUGGAUUUUUUAAGUGUGUUUGGGAUGGUGAAAAGAAGUCACAUGACUUUUCACCAGAUUAAAACCUUGAUGUAUGUGCAGCAAUUACAAGUGAAAUGUUAGCUACAUAGAAGUCUGAGACUGAUUUUAUUUGUUCUACAUGUAAUAUGUAUGUUUUCUUUUUAACCAAGUCAAGCAUACUGCAUUUUGGCACGGGGGAGGAGGAAAGGGGGGGUUAUUAUGAGAAAUAGCCAUAGUGAAAUUUCAUAGAAUUGUUUUUCCUUCCCUGUUCUACUCUUCAUGCACACACUGCUGUGCCCUAUUUUAUCCUUUUUAAUAUCUCAUCUCAGAAAUGGGGUCCAUUGAUAUUCAUUUGACAAGCUCGUUCUGACACACUUUGGAGAUGUGUUUAAGUGGUCAGUGAGAGGGCAUAAAUACCCCUUCCCCCAAGACUUAUUUUUUGCCCUUACCUCAGUCUCUUCCCCACCCCAGGAAAUUUGAAAGAGCAUUUUUUAAAUAUCCUGCAAAAGAUUCAAUAGGAUAGUUUAAGUACUCUGAAAGCUUGUUUUAAAGCCUUAUCUGUACUGGAGAAAAUAACAUGGAUUAUUGGGAAGGCAACAGUCAGUGUAGCUUAUCUGAAAUUUGUAAGGAUAAACCCCAUGGUUCAGCUAGUUAGUUGUGUAUCAAUGUAGACUCAACACAUUGGUACAGUUGGUGCCCUGUUAACUGAUACCUAUCGGAGAUUACAAUACCCUCAGCUCGUGAAUGGUCUUCAGUUUGUUGAUUGUGAGUUUUCUCUCUCUGCCCUUGGUGGGGCCCCCUCCCCGCCUCUGGUUUCCUCUCUUCCCAGAAGAGCCCCUCUGUAUCCUUUAGAAAUACUUCUGGCUCUGCAUGUCCUCAUCUGGUGAAGCACCUGUAGAUCAGUAGCUGAAACUGUACUCUCUAGCUUGUCCACUCACCUCCAAUCAUGUCCCCUGCUCUGACUGUGGCACUGCUUGCUUGUGGUUCAUCAGAGUGAGAAUGUCAGCCAUAAUGUGGGCCUGCCAAAGGGAAAGUGGAGUUGGUCAAGGUGCUCUGUUAGCUUUGGAGUGUUAGGGAGAAUUUGGUACCUAAGGUAUUGUAAGGAGCGCAGCUACUAGUUGUGCUCUUCUUGCUGUCUCUUGAGCUGGAGAAUCAUCUGUGGAUUGCUGUCUGAAGCAUUCACUCUGACAAACUACCUGUAGUUUGUUAGAGCAAGAGGAUUGACUGGUGAACCAUUAGUGACUCACUGAGUAGCAGAUAGAGGGGAAGGCAUUAGUGUAGGUGUUCUGUCCAAUGGUGGCAGUGGGAUGGGAGGUUAAUGGUGUUUAAGAAAUACAGCCUUAACUGGUGGUUUGUCACAGUUUGAGGACCUUCAGAACAGGAGGGAGGGCAUGGCUCAGUGGCAUUUCUAUGGAGCAGGAUAUACUGAAAGGAUGAAGACAGCGGAGAGGGGACUCUUAGUUGGCAAGUAAGGAUAUGUGCUGGCUUAGGCGGCAGUCAAAGGUAACUGUCCACAUCUUUAUUUUAGGGCAGCCUUUAUGUGAAUUCAAAUCAACACAGGUGGUUUUUGAUCUGCAAGGCCACAUUCAUUUAGGAUUUGGCAUGAUGAAUGUGGAUGCAAGGGCAAAACUUAAACCAAUUAGGGAGGCGAGUGUGGACUCAAGUGUUGGUAUUUCCAUCUGUGCUGUAUAACCAGUUGAAGAGCAAUAACUGAUUGCUCUAGUGUAGACAAGCCCUUAUUUUUCGUGUGCUUUUUAACAUUUGUAUGACCUGGUGGCUGCAUAGAAAAUUGAAAUAAUCCUAGGAGAUUUUUUCCCCCCAUUCAUUAAAGAUUAUGUGCUAAGGAAAAAAAAUCUUACUUCCCGGGACCGGGGUUAUAUUGUAGGACAACACAUAAUAUAUGAGGCUUGUGGAUUAUAUCUGUCCUAUAAAAUGCUUGUGUACGAAACCAUCAGGUCUGCUCUGUUUUCAUUGUAGAUGAUAAAACUUUAAAGAUGCCAUAUUGGUUUUGGGGGCGGGGGGGAAGAGAGUUUGGGGAAAGAAGGUAGGAAUGGUGAGGUCUCUGGAAAAAAAUCCUUCCCAGCAGAAGACUUCAUCCCAUAUUAUGUAACUCACCAGGGGUUGGAAACCUGUUCUAGUUCAGCAAAAGACCACAAGUAGGGGGAAAUAUUUUCUUAACUGCUUUGCUUUCCUUAAACUAUCUCAUAAGGCCAUUAUACAGAUUCCUUUAAUACUUUCUUUGAAGUUCUGUGGGAGUAAUGUUCUCUGUUAUAUCAGAAAACUGUGAAUGCCUGGCAUUGAUGUACAGUAUGCAACUGCUGAUAGAUAAUAGUUGUCUCCUCAGCUGCAGUUCAUAUCACCAAUUGUUACAAAUUUGAAGAGGUUUGAAACUUGUAAGGACCUGUGCUCUCACUGCAACUUGAAAAUUGGAACAGUUGAACUAUCCUGUGAGUUUAAACUGUUCUAGAGCAAGGGGUUGGACUAGAUGACCUCCUGAGGUCUCUUCCAACCCUGAUAUUCUGUGGGUCUAUGAAAUAAUUUUAAAAUAAAACAAGUGGAUUAUAGUUUGACCUGUAUGAAAUGAGGUGGUGUUUCCUUUCAAAUAUUUGGCAGAUACAUUCAGGUCAAUAUGGCAUUAAUUGGAAUCCAUGUUGGCAAUGUCAGCAGAGUUUUAAGUUUGAAUGGACAGGGAUACUGAACUGUAACCUCUUAUACUAGAGGUGUCAAACAUAUAGUCUGUGGGCCACACUCUUCCCUUUUUAAUUUGAUAUGUCAAUGAUACUUCUGCAAUUAACUUUAAUCGCUGAUCACUUUUAUUGAGGAAGGCAGUGGGAAUGAUUGCUGUAGGUAUUGGGAAUUGCUGCAGGGAAUAAAGUGUAGAGGAAAGAAUAGAAAAAAAAAAAAAAAAAAAAAGGCAGGAAUAGUUGUGGACCUGAAAGUGAGCAUGUUUUCUGAGUGAGCUCUGGAUGUGAGAAUAAGGCAUGGAAUAGAAUAAAGAUACAUAAAGCCACCACCUUCUUGUGAUCUCUAUGGAAAUCUCCCAUCGACAUCAGAGGGCAUUCUGAAUAGUUAGCAGUCUGAAUAUAGCUCUCCCUUCUUUCUCUUGAAUUCUUGUUGAGGUACAUUGGGGAAGCUUGCUCAGGUUACAUGUUAUGAGGCUCAGUAGAGGAUUUUAACUUCUAUUAAUCGUGUCAUUUUAGUACUUGUGAAAAAGUAAGAAAAGGGAAACUCUCCUCUUAAAGAAGGAAAGGCACUAAAGAAACUGACCAUGUUAAUUGCAGCGUGAGAGAUGGAUUUGGAAACAGGCCAUGAGAUUAGAAAAGGAAGAAAUACAAUUAGUAAAACAGAAUGAGAGAGACUGUUUACAACAGGUAGUAAAAGAUAUAGUAAAAACCAGAACAGAAUGUAACAAAAGGAAAUAAAAGAACUUGAAAGGUGGGGGAAAGCUUGCUAAAAUUUAUUUGUGUAUAUUUAAUACUUCUCCAUAUCUAAACAUUUACAAUUACUUAAAGCAAAUUUAAGCCACAUAUGGCUAAGCUCCCUGGAAAAAAAUAUUUUUGGGGGGGAGGUCCUAUCCUGCUCUGUUUGCUUCUUUUCCUGGUUAUUUCUCGUGUGUGUGUUCAUACAAGUAAAAAUGGCCCUUCUUGGGUUGCUUUGUACUAUAAUACACAUUUUAUUUUAAAUAUGGCUUUAAUACUCCAGGGAAAUAGAAUAGCAAUAAGGAAGAAAAGAAAAUUUAGAGAAUCAUUAACUUUAGAUUUAGUUUGGGCCCUGUAUAUCUCUGUGCAUAGAAUUUUUUUUUUUGGACUGGGAAAGCUCUGCUUUAACCUUCUGUUGAACUAAAAAUGGAUUAAUAAAAGCUUAUUACAAGACUAGCAUUUUAGGUAUUUAAUAUCAAAGUGCACAUUUAAUAUUAGGAAAAAUCUAUAUUUUAUAUCAGGACAUCUUAAUAUAUUUGUGCAAAUUAAGUUUUUAGUACAUGUUUGUAUCUUGUAGAAAUUCUAAAAAAUAAGGAUAAUUCUAUAAUUUGAAAGGGGAGGAGGGCAGCUUUGAAACAUUUAGAGAAAAUCAGUAAACUCAUUGUCAGAACCUAGAAAUAAUAAAAUUUUAAAGAUUUAAAAAAAAAAUGUUUUUAUAAAAUAGUUACUUGCACUUUACCUGCUGGCUUUUCAAUUUUGGUAGAUAACAUUCUGAACUCCAGCAGAGUUUUAUAAUCCCUAGUGCUUAAAUAUACUAAAUGUUCUUUUUCCAUUAAGGUUAAUGUUCGUGAAGAAAUUGAAGAGUUUUUUCCAAGAUUGUGGAAGAUAAAUCAAGAUAAAAGAAGGCUAAUGAAAAAUAUUAAAGAUCAGAAAAUUAAAAUUGAAUGGGGGAAAAAAUUGAACAGAAGAUUGGUCAGAUAGAAGCACUUGAAUGUUUUUUUAAGGCUAUAAUGAAUUGUUUGAAUUGGGGAAGAAUACACGAAGUAUGAAAAAUGAAAAACUCAAUGAAGAAUGAAGAAAAGUAGAAAGCAAGAGUGAAGUAGAAUUAAAAGAAUCUGGAAGAAUGAAUGGGUCCUAGGUUAAGUAAAUGAGUCUCGCUCCCAGUCAAAAUCUCCAGCUGGGAGUCCUGCUCGUGUAAAAUCGGAGAGCAGGUCAGGAUCUCGUAGUCCAUCGAGGGCUUCCAAACAUUCUGAAUCGCACUCCCGGUCAAGGUCAAAAUCCAGGAGACGAUCUCGAAGCAGAUCGUACACACCCGAAUAUCGUCGCCGAAGGAGCCGCAGUCAUUCUCCAAUGUCUAACCGAAGAAGGCACACUGGCAGCAGAGUCAGAAAGCAUAGUGAUAAAGUGAGAAGUGCCAAAAGUCAAGCAGAGCUGGGCCUUACGAAGAUUGGGCGACCACACCCUGCACGCAAUAUUCAAGAUGUGGGCAUACAAAGGAUUUAUAUAGAGGCUAAUCCAGAUCCUAACACAUGCCUUGGAGUGUUUGGCCUCAGUUUGUAUACCACUGAGCGAGACUUGCGUGAAGUCUUUUCCCGUUACGGACCUUUGAGUGGCGUCAAUGUGGUUUAUGAUCAGCGGACUGGACGAUCAAGAGGAUUCGCUUUUGUUUAUUUUGAGAGAAUAGACGAUUCUAAAGAGGCGAUGGAACAUGCAAAUGGCAUGGAACUGGACGGCAGGAGGAUCCGCGUGGAUUACUCCAUCACCAAGAGAGCGCACACCCCCACCCCGGGAAUCUACAUGGGCAGGCCAACCCACAGUGGCGGUGGUGGUGGUGGAGGAGGAGGAGGAGCAGGUCGUCGUCGUGAUUCCUACUAUGAUAGGGGAUAUGACAGAGGAUAUGACAGAUAUGAAGAAUAUGACUACCGGUACAGGAGACGAUCACCUUCACCUUAUUAUAGCCGAUAUCGAUCACGGUCAAGAUCCCGCUCCUAUAGCCCAAGACGCUACUGAAGAACGGAAGAAUUACAGUUGUGGACCUGAUUUUUAAAUAAAAUUUUGCCCUUAGUUUCCCUUUGGUCUCCCCCCACCUUUCCCCUCAAAUCUCUCUUAUAAGACCUUUGGUUCAUUUAGAAGAUACAUAUUUUCAGUUGAAAUAUUGCUGUUUUCCACCCCCUUUUAUUGUAAUACUCUUAAAAUCGUAAUUGUUGUAGUUUUGUGUAGUUAAACAUCUUAAGCAAAACUAAAUAGAAAUCCCAAAGUGUUGUUACAUUUUGUAAGUCAUUCUGUUUUUGUUUUUAAAACAAUUGUACUCCUGGCUAAUCUAAUGAGGAGAAGAGAGCAUUGAUGUUUUUUAAAGCUUGCAUGUUGUGUGUAAUAUACACACUCAGCUACUUUAAUAUAAACCUGUGUUUCCAAAAAAAACUUGUUAAUCUUUCUGUUAAUGCUUGGUUGUUAAUUUUGAAACAUAAGCAACAUCUCUGAACCUUUUCUGUAAUGGCAAAUUUCACUAGAUAGUCAUGAACCUGAUGGGUUUUUUGGUUAAAUUGCUUUGAGUGUAGAAAUAUUAGAGCUAUAGCAAAUUUUCAUAUUUGGUUUAACUUCUUUGGAAAAACAGAUUCUUAUACACUGAAGAUCAAGAUUGUGUUUUAUAGAUGAAAAGUUUCUAGACUGCUACACAAUGGAUAACAUUUGAAGUUAAAACCAAACAAAUCUAACUGAUUUUUUUUAAUUGAACUCAAAGUAGUGUUUCCCCUUAAUCAGUGCAGGAGAAAAAAUAUUUAUUGAACAUAGCAAUUAGUUAUAUAAUUUGCUGUUCAUACAAACUCAUGUUGAUAUUGCAAUGAUGGUUAAGGGAGUUCUAGUUUCCAGUCCUUUUGAAGUUGCUGGUAUGGAUAGAAAAAUUACAGUUACAUAUAAACCUCUUCUUCCUCAAAAUAAAGUUAAUUACACUGAAAUGGA